AUCAUAUGACAAGUGCAACUGGAAUUACUAUCUACGAUUACCAUUCAACGCAUGCGUCAAUAGUAAAGCGUACAACGUGCAGCUGUUAAAUUUGAGGUUAUGAAACAAUCAUCUGUUAUUCACAUCGAUAAGAAGCAAUAGUGAUUUCUUCAGUGAAUAUAUAAAAAAGAAUAGACAACGUUAAAAUGUCAUCAUGGAAAAAAGCUGGAAAGAUGAGUCAAAAGACUCAUCGAGAACGUCAUCAGCCAGAGACUCGCAAGCAUCUCGGAUUAUUAGAAAAGAAAAAGGAUUAUAUUUCCAGAGCCAGAGAUUUUCAGGAGAAACAGGCAACGAUCAAGCUUCUGCGGAAACGUGCAUUGAACAAAAAUCCAGAUGAAUUUCACUUUCACAUGAUUAACUCUCAAUUAGUAAAUGGCGUUCAUAGAGAAAAAGACAAGGAAGAUCACCACACAUCUGAACAGAUAAAGUUGAUGGAAACACAGGAUAUCAGAUAUGUAGCAUAUAAGAGAAAUAUUGAAGCAAAGAAGAUAGACAAGCUACAGAGCCAAUUGCACAUGAUCGACGUGGCCAACGAAAUGCAGAAUCAACACACUUUCUUUGUGGAUGAUAGUACAGAGAUGAAGAAUUUUGAUCUUGCCAAGAAACUAGACACCCAUCCGGCACUUCUGUCUAGACGUACCAAUCGACCAAAGCUAAGUGCGAUUAAAGAUAUGAAGUUACCAGAAUUGGAUGACAAAACUAUUUCUAAGAUUGAACAGAAAAAGCACAUGGCUUACAAACAACUCGAAAAGAGGAUUCAUAGAGAACGCGAAUUGACAAUCGUGGAGCAAAAGUUGGAAAUGCGCAGGGCAUUAAAGGAUAAAAAGAUCAAAAAGCCGAAAUUAGUAAAACCUGGUUCAAAGGAUAAUGCUCCUAUUUAUAAAUGGAAGUUUGAAAGGAAACGGUGAUUUGUUUCUAUCUGUAUAGAGUUUGCUAUAAUAAAGUGUAAUAUAAUUUUAUUAGCGCCGUUAAUUAUGAAUAUGAAUAUUCAAUGAAAGUUUGCACUUAGCAAUUUAUAGAAAUACAGCUCUCGUUAUUUUUCUAAU